UCUAAUCAUUGGAUCUCUGAAGAAAAUAAGGGACGUACCAGGACACAGGAGGGGUAAAAUAAGAGGCUGAAUUGCCUGUGAGAGUGAAGAGAAACCAGUGCAGCAAAACUCAGAAGGAGAAGGAGGAGAAGAAGGAGAAGGAGAAGGAGAAGGAGAAGGAGAAGGAGAAGGAGAAGGAGAAGGAGAAGGAGAAGGAGAAGGAGAAGGAGAAGGAGAAGCAUUUUUAACUUUCUCAUGGAAGCUGCUGUCUUCUCAACUCCAAAGGACCUGUGCUCCAGACAAGGUCAUACCGUGGACAUGGCACCAGAGAUCCACAUGCCAGGCCCAGUGUGCCUCAUUGAGAACAUCAGCGGGCAACUGGUAGUGAACCAGGAAGCUCUGAAGACCCUGUCUGCCUUCACACAGCCUCUGGUCGUGGUGGCCAUUGUGGGUCUCUACCGCACUGGCAAAUCCUACCUGAUGAACAAGCUGGCCGGGAAGAAAGAGGGCUUCUCUCUGGGCUCCACAGUGCAGUCUCACACCAAGGGCAUCUGGAUGUGGUGUGUGCCUCAUCCUGAGAAGCCAGACCACACCCUCCUUCUGCUUGACACCGAGGGCCUGGGGGAUGUAGAGAAGGGAGAUAACCAGAAUGACUCCUGGAUCUUUGCCUUGGCCGUCCUUCUGAGCAGCACGUUUGUAUACAACAGCAUGGGAACCAUCAACCAGAUGGCCAUGGACCAACUGCACUAUGUAACAGAGCUGACUGAUCGAAUCAAGGCGAAAUCCUCACCUGAUAAUAGUGAAGUUGAGGACUCAGCUGACUUCAUGAGUUUCUUUCCAACCUUUGUGUGGACUCUAAGAGAUUUCUCCCUGGAGCUAGUAGCAAAUGGACAACCCAUUACUGCUGAUGAAUACCUGGAGUUGUCACUGAAACUAAAACAAGGUACUGAUAUAAAAAGUAAAAACUUUAAUGAACCUCGGUUGUGCAUCCGAAAGUUCUUUCCAAAGAAGAAAUGCUUCAUCUUUGACCGUCCUGCUUCAAGGAAGCACCUUAUCCACCUGGAUCAGCUACAGGAGAAAGAUCUGAACCCAGAGUUCAGGGAACAAGUAGAAGACUUCUGCUCCUACAUCUUCAAAUAUUCUGAGGCCAAGACUCUCUCGGGCGGCAUCAUAGUCAAUGGGCCUCGACUGGAGAGCCUGGUUGCGACCUAUGUCAAUGCCAUCAGAAGUGGGGGUCUGCCCUGCAUGGAGAACGCAGUCCUGGCCUUGGCCCAGAUCGAGAACUCGGCCGCAGUGCAAAAGGCCAUUGCCUACUAUGACCAGCAGAUGGCUGGGAAGGUGCAGCUGCCCACAGAAACCCUCCAGGAGCUGCUGGACCUGCACAGGGACACUGAGAAAGAGGCCAUCGAAGUCUUCAUCAAGAAUUCUUUCAAGGAUGUGGGCCAAAAGUUCCAGAGGGAAUUAGCGAAAUGUUUACUAGCAAAACGCGAUGACUUUUGUAAGCAAAACGUGAAAGCAUCAUCAGAUUACUGCAUGACCUUACUUCAGGAUAUUUUCAGUCCUCUUGAAGAAGAUGUGAAGCAGGGGACAUUUUCUAAACCAGGAGGCUAUUAUCUCUUUAUUCAGAGGAAAGAAGAGCUGAAGAAUAAGUACUACCAGGUGCCCAAAAAGGGGAUACAGGCAGAAGAGACCCUGAAGAAAUACUUGGACUCCAAGGAUAACGUGGCUGAUGCACUACUACAGACAGACCAGUCACUCACAGAGAAGGAGAAAGACCUCGAAGUGCAACGUGUGAAAGCCGAAUCAGCAGAGGCUACAGCAAAAAUGUUGGAGGAAAUGCAAAAGAAGAAUCAACAGAUGAUGGAGGAGAAAGAAAAGAGUUAUCAGGAACAUUUGAAACAAUUGACUGAGAAGAUGGAGCUGGACAGGGCUAAGUUAAAGGCAGAGCAAGAGGAGAAUAUAAGUCGUAAACUUCAGGAACAAGAACGGCUUCUCAAGGAGGGAUUCGAGGGAGAGAGCAAGAAACUUCAAAAUGAGAUAAACGCUCUACGCACAAGCAGACAUGUGACCCCAAUAUGUAGCAUACUCUAAAAAUCCCAGGGACAUAAUUUCCUAGCCAGUUCCCCUCCCCUCCAUUAGGAACAACCUGAAAGAGCAACUUCAGAAUGUGAAACAAUUGCCACUAAACUAAAAUUAGAAUCAUGGUGAUUGCAAUUUUGUUCAGCCAUAAAAUUUGAAAAGAUGAAAUAAACUGUAAAGGCAAAAUUUUCCCUACUGAGUGAUUCAGUGCAUGCUUAAUUAUAGUAAUAAUGAUUAGUACAAUUCUUAACUGGAUCCUAUGUAUGAAACCAAGUCUAAAGACCCUUAAAAUUGUAUAAUGGAAUGCAUUUUACAAUGGGGAGCUAUCAGGCAGGUUCUGUUGAAGGUAGAUUUGCUUUCCCUCACAUACAUCACCCUCGUAGAUGUUCUAAGCCCCAUGUUGUUGCUCAGGGUUUACCUUGGUCUUGGGUGAGGGUUGGAGUGUUGUGACAUAGGACAACACUUCUGAUGGAAGCUGAAUAGAGUCAUGGGCACAGCUGAUCAUCACUGUUGCAAAGUGGUCAUUGGCUUAUGGGCUGGCUGCAAAUAAAGGAGACCCAGGACAACUGAUUUCAAGGUGCAGACAGUGUACAGUUCUUGUUUGGGUGGCAGCAACAUGGUCUGUAGCGACUCUAGGGUAAAGGUAAAAGAAGUACUGCCUCUGUGCACAAUGAUUAAAGGGGAGUGCUUCACAUGUGCUGUCUACAAAAUUCUUCUGGGUAAUUACCAUCCUGUCCAUGGGCCACCAUUUCUCUUUCAUCUGCUCUCUUUUCCUUAGUCUUUUCCCUCCCACAGUUCAGAGAGUAACUUCUCCAGGCACAGAAAGGGAAGUUUGAACUCAAACUUGAAAUAAAUUCAUUUUUAUUUCUCUGAGAACCAUAACUAUAAUCCUGCAAAACCU